AUGAGCGGAGCAAUUCCCGACGAGUUUGAUAUUAUUGUGUGUGGUGGUGGUAGUACAGGAUGUGUUGUCGCAGGACGUUUGGCCAAUUUGGACCACAACCUCUCCGUCCUUCUCAUCGAGGGCGGUGAGAACAACCUCAACAACCCAUGGGUGUUCCGACCUGGCAUCUACCCCCGGAAUAUGAAGCUGGACUCCAAGACUGCCACAUUUUACGAGUCCAGGCCUUCAAAAUGGCUUUCCGGCCGAAAGGCCAUUGUGCCCUGCGCCAAUAUUCUGGGCGGAGGAUCCUCAAUCAACUUUAUGAUGUACACUCGUGCCUCAGCUUCCGACUACGAUGACUUCCAGGCCAAGGGCUGGUCCACCAAGGAAUUGCUGCCUCUUAUGAAGAAGCACGAGACAUAUCAGCGCGCCUCCCACAACCGGGACGUUCACGGAUUCGAGGGGCCGAUCAAAGUUUCGUUUGGAAACUAUACCUACCCAAUCAAGGACGACUUCCUCCGAGCUGCCGAAUCUCAGGGUAUCCCUGUCGUCGAUGAUCUGCAGGAUCUGUCAACUGGCCACGGCGCUGAGCAUUGGCUGAAGUGGAUCAACCGAGACACGGGCCGUCGCAGUGACAGUGCACACGCCUACAUUCAUGCGACCCGUGCUGUGCACUCCAACUUGUACCUUGCCUGCAACACCAAGGUCGACAAGGUCAUUAUUGAGAAUGGACGCGCUGUCGGAGUCCGUACGGUUCCGAGCAAGCCUCUUCACCCCAACCAGCUUAAGGGACGCACAUUCAGAGCCCGCAAGCAGAUCGUAGUCUCUGGCGGAACUCUGUCUUCGCCUCUCAUCCUCCAGCGAUCCGGUGUCGGUGACCCCGAGAAGCUCCGCAGAGCCGGUGUUGAGCCCAUUGUCGACCUCCCCGGUGUCGGCUUGAACUUCCAGGACCACUACCUCACCUUCUCCGUCUUCCGCGCCAAGCCCGGCGUCGAGAGCUUCGAUGACUUCGUCCGCGGUGACCCCGAGGUUCAGAAGCGCGUCUUUGAUGAGUGGAACAUCAAGGGCACCGGCCCGCUUGCCACCAACGGCAUCGACGCCGGCGUCAAGAUCCGCCCGACUGCCGAGGAGCUCAAGGAGUUUGAGAGGUGGCCUACUCCUCACUUCAAGGAUGGCUGGAAGUCGUACUUUGAGAACAAGCCCGACAAGCCGGUGAUGCACUACUCAGUCAUUUCCGGUUGGUUCGGUGACCACAUGGUCAUGCCCCCCGGCAAGUUCUUCACCAUGUUCCACUUCCUUGAGUACCCAUUCUCUCGUGGAUCUACCCACAUCACCUCUCCCGACCCAUACGAUGUGCCCGACUUCGAUGCCGGCUUCAUGAACGAUGAGCGCGACAUGGUCCCCAUGGUUUGGGGCUACAUCAAGUCUCGCGAGACGGCCCGCCGCAUGGACGCAUACGCUGGAGAGGUCGCAAACAUGCACCCCACCUUCGCCUACGACUCCGACGCCCGCGCCAGAGAUCUGGACCUCCCAACCACGAAUCAAUACGCCCUGCCCGGCAACCUGACCGCCGGUAUCCAGCACGGUAGCUGGACGCAGCCGCUUAACGAAGCGGAGAAGAAGUGCGACAUCAAGAAGACCGUUUCUAGCAACCGUGUCGACGUCCGCGACGAGCUCAAGUACAGCUCAGAGGACAUCAAGGCCGUUGAGGAAUGGGUCAAGCGCCACGUGGAGACCACCUGGCACUCUCUCGGAACCUGCUCCAUGGCUCCCAAGGAGGGCAACAGCAUCGUCAAGCACGGUGUCUUGGACGAGCGCCUGAACGUCCACGGCGUCAAGGGACUCAAGGUUGCCGACCUGAGUAUCUGCCCCGACAACGUUGGAUGCAACACGUACUCGACCGCCCUUCUCAUCGGCGAGAAGGCCGCCAUGCUCGUCGCCGAGGACCUCGGAUACUCCGGCGCCGCUCUGGAGAUGAAGGUACCCAACUACCACGCGCCCGGAGAGUUCGUGCUCAACUCUCGUCUCUAA